ACAGUUGUAAAAAGUAAAACUUUUACAACUGUGUUCCACAAUGAAUUUUUACAGUUGGCAUGACUGUAAUGUCUCACUUUACAGGAUAAAUGUUAAAUGUAAUCAGCUGAUUCUCGUUCUGUUGUUCUGUCUGAUGGCGUGACAUGAAGGGGCAGGGAAGCAAACGUCAGACGACUAACCGCACCAAUUUUCAGUUCGUUCAGUGCGCUGCAGUCCCUGAAGGGAGGCCUGGUCUUUAUAUGUGUGUGUGUGUGUUGGGGGGGAGACUACACUGAGAGAGAAACCUUCCAGGCCAGAAUGAAAGUGGCACGCUGACAGACACUUUGGCUUUACGAAGAAACAUUUUGUAUAAUGCCUUAAUCUGAACAAGUCUAGGAAAAGCUCAAGUUUCGAGAAUGAAGAUAAAGGAGAGAGACGGCUCCGGGAGGGGUGAUAACUGAAAACGAGCCCAAAAAAAAGGGGGAGAGUUCAUCUGUUACUAGUAAAUGUGGCUGAUUGCUGCUGAGGUACACCCAGGAUGGGCUGCGCUUGCAGUGGCCAGAAACAAGCAAAAAAUAGCGGUUUCUACAAAAUAAAGCCUAAUACUCAGUUUACACAUUCACCAAACAAUACAGCUCAAAGAGGAAAUACUUCUUUAGAUAACGAUGUGUUUGUGGCCCAACAUGAUUUCAAAGCCACAAAUGGAAGCGAUCUGUCCUUCAAAAAGGGAGACAAACUCAAAAUUUUGCACGAGAGAGGAGAAUGGUGCCUGGCUAAGUCAAUCAGCACUGGGGACGAGGGCUACAUCCCAUCCAACUAUGUUGCUAGGGCUGACUCGCUGGAGGUGGAGAAGUGGUUUUUCAAGGAUGUCAGUAGGAGGGAGACAGAACGAUUGCUAUUAGCUCCUGGAAAUAAACCAGGCACCUUUUUAAUUCGGGAGAGUGAGACUUCUAAAGGGUCCUAUUCACUGUCCAUCCGAGAUCACGAUCAACAACAAGGAGACGUGGUAAAACACUACAAAAUCCGCUGUCUCGACAAAGGUGGUUUUUACAUCUCCCCCUCCACAACCUUUUCAUCGCUUUCCGAACUGGUCAAAUACUACAGCCGCACAGCAGACGGGUUAUGCGAGAGAUUAAAUAGUCCUUGUAAACCAAAGGACCCUCAGGAGCCUUGGGCACAUGAUGAAUGGGAGAUUCCCCGUGACACAUUAAAGAUGACAAAGAAACUGGGUGCUGGGCAGUUUGGAGAAGUUUGGAUGGGGUACUACAAGAACACCCAAAAGGUUGCAAUCAAGACUUUAAAGGAGGGGACGAUGGAGCCCGAAGCUUUUCUGCAGGAAGCCAACCUGAUGAAGCAACUGCAGCACGACCGGCUGGUACGACUCCACGCCGUGGUCACCAAGGAGCCCAUCCUCAUCGUCACUGAGUACAUGGUGAAUGGAUCCCUUCUUGACUUUCUGAAAUCAGAUGAGGGGGGAAAGCUCAAGAUGAACAAACUGAUUGACAUGUCAGCGCAGAUAGCUGAGGGCAUGGCGUACAUUGAAAAGAAGAACUACAUCCACCGUGACCUGCGCGCCGCUAACAUUCUGGUCAGUGAGACUUUGCACUGCAAGAUAGCAGACUUUGGCCUGGCCAGAAUCAUCGAGACUGAAUACACCGCUCAAGAAGGUGCAAAAUUUCCCAUCAAAUGGACAGCCCCGGAAGCCAUCAAUUUUGGGACAUUCACAAUUAAGUCAGAUGUCUGGUCUUUUGGAAUUCUCUUGACUGAAAUAGUCACAUAUGGGAGAAUUCCCUAUCCAGGCAUGACCAACCCGGAGGUGGUCAGGUGCCUGGACCAGUCGUACCGGAUGCCACGGCCGGAUGAUUGCCCUGUGGAACUCUAUGAUAUCAUGAUGAUGUGCUGGAGGCAAAGGCCUGAAGAACGGCCAACUUUUGACUUUUUGCAGAACACUCUCAAUGACUUCUUCAUCGCCACGGAGGGACAGUAUGAGAUGCAGCCGUAGCCUGUGAAGAAAACAAGGAGAGUUUUUAGUCUAACAAGUAAAGGAAAAAGACAUUUCUUCUUUAAAAUGAGUCAGACUCAAAUGAGUAAAGGAACUCACAAACAUCAUUGUUGAAAUGGAUACAAAUUAUUUUUCAAAUGGAUAUUUUUUCAGCUUUUUUUCCUCUGAAUGAACGUAAAAGUUGCUCAAAGCGUCUUCAAGCCCAAAUCGGAUCUAGGAUGAGAAAAGUUUCAUCAGAAACGCCACAUUAUUUUUGUGACGCAGAGUUUCUUUCAGCUUUUGAUGUCCUGAUUAAGGAACAUAGCUGCACACAGCCAGGAGGGACCCCAAGAUUGAUUUACAAGCUUUAAAAGGACCACUGAAAUGCAAAAAGUCGCCAUGUAAACUGCCAUGGAUUACUUACUGCACAGGUAAGGUCAUACAGAAACAAAUGGCCUCAGGUUAGAAAUACAAUAUUUUGCCCUUAAACGCUUCAUUUCUUUUGUAAAAACCUGGAAGAGUUGUAAAACUGGUAUUGUUCUUCUUUUUCUGCAAAAAUCCUUUUUUUAAAUAAAUGUUUUUAUUUAUCUUA